GACACGGGCGGGGGAUGGAGGCGCAUCGAGCUGAUUAACGGUGGAGAAACGACAGCCGCAGCAUUGUCUGUUUACAUCGCUAUUAACUGGGAAGAUUUCUGUUACCUAUUCGGUGAUUAUUGAUUUACAGAUAGUAGGCUAUUUAGUAAGCUUAACGAAUACAUCCGAUGGCGACCGAAUGCAACCAAGAAGCGGUUUUAUAUUUCAUAAAGGAGAGAGGAGGACGCGUGAAAACCGUGGAUUUAACGGAUCAUUUUGGUGCGACAUUGCCUAAAGAUCCUGCAUUAAAUCCAGUGGCAAAGGAAGCGUUUAAACGCUAUGUAGACAGCGUAGCUUACUUUAAAGAGGAAAAUGGCGAGAAAUACGUUUGCCUUAAGAAUAAAUUUAGGAAAUCAACGGGUUCAAUCGAGAGUGACAGAAAUAGUCCAGCUGAUGGUCGCAAAUCCCGUGGAGAAAGAAGGCACGUGUCCUUACAGGCCUCUGAAAGCAAAAGUGGAGGAAAAGAAUUGGGGAUGUUACCUGGCUCAGGUUGCGCAACUGGUAAUGCGGGAGGAGCACAAUCUGAGCCGGAUAUUUCAGUCAAGUUUCCACAGGGUGUGAACAGCAGCACAGAUUCUGAACUCAUGGGGAACUCGAGCAGCGGCACGGCGGAGGACAAACCUGCUUUAAGUGUGAAAAUAAGUCAACCACAGGCGGCAGAGAAAGGUCCGAGACCCGAGAUAUCAGUGCGAGACUCCGACGGGACAUGUUUACAGAGAAAUGAAACACACACUGAUGAAUCAAAAGACGAAUCACAGGAUGAGGCUGGAAAAGAAAACAGACCUCAGCGUGUGAGAAUUCGGCAGAGCAAUAAACUGACCGAAGAAGAUCCGCCGGACUCCAUCAACGACACUCCGAAAAACAGCCGCAAACAUUUGGUCGAGGCUUUGACCAGCAGUUCACCUCAGGUUCGUCGCAGUGUUUAUCUCUCGGGCAGAUGUAAAGACUUUCCGCGGGGCGACAGCGACUAUGAGUCCGCCACAGUGACGCUCGAGCCGCUGGAGCACGAGUGGAUGAUGUGCGCGUCUGACGGACACUGGGAGAGUCUCCACCGGCUGCUGGACAGAGAGCCCAGCCUCCUGACCAGGAAAGACUUUGUGACAGGAUUCACAUGCCUGCACUGGGCUGCAAAGCUCGGGAAACACGAACUGAUGGUAAUGCUCGUCAACUUUGCCAAAGAACAUCACGUCACUGUGAACAUCAACGCGCGUUCCAGCGCGGGUUACACGCCUCUGCAUUUAGCUGCGAUGCACGAUCAUCUGGAGGUCGUCAAACUGUUAGUCGGAGCGUUUGACGCCGAUGUGGAGGCGCGAGAUUUUAACGGGAGAAAGGCGUGUCAGUAUCUGAAGAGUGAUAUUGGGCAAAACAUUCUGGACAUCGUGGGCGCGUGCGUGGAGUGUGACGCAGACAGCAUGGAUGUUGGAGACGCGAGUCGCUGGAGAUUGUCAAGAGUCAUUCAGUCCAACUUCAGACCUCUGAAAACUCAAAACCAUAACAGCAGCGAAGAGGACGGCAGCGGCUUGACUAAACAGAAGUCUCUCCGCAGGAAAUCUUCCUUUUCUAAAAUGAAACCCAAUCUUAAUAAAAUACGCAUGAGGUCGCAGAUAGUUCACAGCACGUCACUCUUUGAUAGAUUUGAGAAAGAUACAACAGAAGAGUCUCCAAACUUAUUAAGACCCAAAUCGAACCUCUUUGGAUGAAGAAAUACACCAAUUAUACAGUAUAUACAGCUACAUUUGUACAUUUGCUGCUGUUGAUCACUGAGGGCUUUUUUUCUCUUGCUUUGCACAAUAUGUAUUGUGACAUUUAAUUUUAAAGUAGCCUUCCAAACAUUCAUGAUGAUAUGAUAUUAUUUCUCUUCCUUUAGGUGUUGAGCAGGUAAUAACAGAACACAACAUACAAUAUAUAAAACCUUUCUUUUAAGAGAGACUGUAAUGUUUUAUGGAUCCUGAAUAAUAAUGACUGUAACUUUAGCUUAGAAGAAACAGUUAAUUUUCGUCCUGUCACUUGUAAAUUACUGGUUUUAUUUUGUUAAAGGGGAGUAAAAAGGUGUUUGUGUAUUCAGAGUUGUUCACAGUGUUCAAGAGAUGGAUUCUCAUGCUAAGCAUGGCCAAAGUAAAAAAUAAUAAUAAUUUGGACGGAUUACAGAAUUUCUGUGCUGAAAAUCUUACUUCCGGGUUGAUACAAGUUUCGACUGUUUUUUUUUCCGAUCGUGGAUCUAAUAACGUAGACGAUGGUGGAACUCCUUAAAUGAGCAUUUCUCUCUGAAAAGCACACCCGCAGACACACGUCGACCAGAGGAGAGCGAGACCAAACUUAUAUUCCCACAUAUCCUUUCCAUAUCUUUUUAUCUUGUAUAUGGGUUAUCUGGAGCUUUCCCCAUAUUUAUUUGUGAUAUAUGUAAAUCUUCACUACUGUCAGCAGUUGCAGACUUUAUUUCACAGAAUAAUACUAUGAUUAGUGACACCUUUGCCAAAUUCAUUUAAAUAUAAUGAGGGAAACUUUAAUACUGGAUGUACUGCAUUCACAACCAUUUUAAGAUAUGAUAUUCAAGGCUUGUGGAAAAUGUUUAUUUAUUUACUGUUUAAUUGUUUGUAUAAUGUUCAAUUAAAGGGUUCAUAACAUGA